CACCGUGUCGGCCCAGUGCCGCCUACAACCGGCAGAACGCUGAUCCCGAAGUAAAGAUGUCCCACCACAGAACAUCGUUCUUAUCGCAAACAGCUCCGUAGCACAUCACUCUCUUCUCCUUCACCCCCGCCUUCUCCCCCUCUCUCCUACCCCUCUCUCUCUCUCUCUCACUCACCCACCUCUCUCACAUCUCUCACUCUCUCUUUCUCCCUGACAUCAACACAGCACAAUGGCUGUCCCCGUUACACCGUUGCAGUCAAAGCGCCAGCCCAGACUCACCCCCUCCGCGGAAUGUCGUCUGCCUCCACCGCCCGAGCCCCUGACAGACUCCCAGGCCGCAACCCUCGAUGCCCUCCGCACCCAUAUCCACACCACCGUUGCAAACACCCACGCCCAGCGCCGAUGGGCCGACGACCACUGUCUCGUCCGCUACCUCAAGUCCAAGAAGUGGAACCUCAACGAGUCCAAGCAGGCCGUCCAGGAUUCUAUCCUCUGGAGGGAACAGUAUAAGCCCGACAUCCCCGACAAAAACAGCAUUUGGAUCGAGACCGCUCCUGGAAAGCUCUACGUCUCCGGCUUUGACAUGGAGUCGCGGCCUCUGCUCUACAUGAAGCCUCGACUCGAGAACACUGCCGCCUCGCCAGCGCAGAUCCGCCACGUCGUCUUCCAUCUCGAGCUCGCCAUCGCACUCAUGCCUGAGGGUGUCCAGAAUCUGUGCAUCAUCAUUGAUUUUGCUGGCUCCUCCAUGACCAAGAAUCCCGGUGUUGCCGUUGCUCGUGAGAUCAUCCACGUUCUCGGUAGUCACUAUCCAGAGCGUCUCGGCAAGGCCUACAUUAUCCAUGCUCCAUGGUUCUUCUUCCCCUUCUACAAGCUGAUCUCGCCAUUUAUCGACCCUGUCACAAAAGCGAAAAUUAAUUUCGUAGACAUGAAAAAGCAAAAGCCCAGAUCCGCUGUCUCGACCCCUUCCUCUGCAGCUGCAUCCGAGAUCGAUCUCUCUGCCGGCACUGUCACCACUCCUGUCCACAAGAAGGGCUCUUCUUCUGCGUCUGCAGGAGCCUUAUCUUCUUCGUCUUCAGGAGCAUCGGAUAAUGUGAAUUUGUUGGAUAUGAUCCCAGAAGACAUGCUGGAACAGGCCUUUGGGGGCACCUCCGAUUACGAAUAUGAUCAGGAAACCUACUGGAAUACUGCUGAAAAAGUCCUUGCAGAUGCCAGGAACGCACUGGAGAAAGACCAGACACCCGAUGUAGAUGCGGUUGCUUCGUAGGGCUUCAUUUCCUGUUUUCUUCUUCUCCCCUCCUAAACACCACCUUACAGAUAAAUCUGACACAAAUAAAGCAUCAUGGCAUACAUAUUACUGAA